UGGAGCAAAUUUAGAAAAUCCGUGGCCGCUGUACUUGUGGGCGGAGACGAGGCCCGUAUAAAAUUACGUCGUUCUUCUCCCUCGAUUCGCUCUUUCCAUCUCUGCAAGAUUUUCGUUUGAAUUGAAAGAGAGCGCCAGCAAGAAUAACAGUUAAAUUGGAGUAUGGGUAAGAGGAAGUCAAAGGCUAAGCCUCCUCCCAAGAAGAGAAUGGACAAGCUUGAUACUGUUUUCAGCUGUCCAUUCUGCAGUCACGGGACUAGUGUGGAGUGCCGCAUUGAUAUGAAGAACUUGAUUGGUGAAGCAGAAUGCAAUAUUUGCAAAGAGAGCUAUAGCACAACUGUGACAGCUUUGACAGAGCCUAUAGACAUAUAUAGCGAAUGGAUUGACGAAUGUGAGCGAGUUAACAACCCUGAAGAUGAUGGCUAGGGUGUUUGAUCUAUAUAGAAGGAUAGGUUGUCUACUGUUCCAAUGAACCUGUUGAUGGCCUGUUGUUGUAAUGCUGCUUUCUUUACCGUAACAUAGUAUAUGCAUGUCUAAGAAUCAGUGUCUUCUAUGUUGUAACAUAGUACAUACAUCUAUGUUUAUGCUUGCACUGCAAGAUACCAUUUGGUUGUUAUAUGAAAUAUAAAGAUUUCUGUCUUGAUAAUUCAUUCAAAA